UAGGCCCGCUGGGCAGGUAGUUCGCUUCCGCGGCUUCCCUCCACCCCCCUCCCUUCCCCCAUUGGUAGGGGCUGCGGGUCCGGGCGGAAGUGGGGCAGGCGGGCGGGAGCGAGGCGUCACCGUUGUAUAUUCAUGAGGCGCGCGCAGCUCAGCAUUUUAAUGAGGCGGGGCGCGGCGGCUGGCUGAGAAGGCUGCUGGGCGGCGGCGGCUGCUGGCGCGAGGUGGCCAGGCGCGAGCGGUGGCGGCGCGGGGUCUCUGGCCAGCGCUCACCUGGACAUGGACCCUUCCGGCGGGGGCCUGGGGCCCGGCCGCGGGACCCGAGACAAGAAGAAGGGUCGGAGCCCGGAUGAGCUACCUACGACGGGCGGCGACGGCGGCAAACCGAAGAAAUUUACUUUGAAGCGACUCAUGGCAGAUGAGCUGGAGAGAUUUACUAGCAUAAGAAUUAAGAAGGAGAAAGAAAAGCCCAAUUCUGCUCACCGAAAUUCUUCCUCUUACGGGGAUGAUUCCACAGCACAGUCACUGCAAGAUAUUACAGAUGAGCAGGUUCUGGUUCUCUUUGAACAGAUGCUGGUGGAUAUGAACCUGAAUGAGGAGAAACAGCAGCCUUUGAGAGAGAAGGACAUUGUCAUCAAGAGGGAGAUGGUGUCCCAGUACUUGCAUACUUCCACAGCUGGAAUGAACCAAAAAGAGAGCUCUAGGUCUGCCAUGAUGUACAUUCAGGAGCUAAGGUCAGGCUUGCGGGAUAUGCAUCUGCUUAGCUGCCUGGAGUCCCUUCGAGUCUCUCUCAACAAUAACCCUGUGAGUUGGGUGCAAACAUUUGGUGCUGAAGGCCUAGCCUCCUUAUUAGACAUCCUCAAACGACUCCAGGAUGAGAAAGAAGAGACUUCUGGAAGCUACGAUAGCCGGAAUCAGCAUGAGAUUAUUCGCUGCUUGAAAGCUUUCAUGAACAACAAGUUUGGAAUCAAAACCAUGUUGGAGACAGAAGAAGGAAUCCUACUGCUGGUCAGAGCCAUGGAUCCUGCUGUUCCCAAUAUGAUGAUUGACGCAGCUAAGCUGCUUUCUGCGCUUUGUAUCCUUCCACAGCCAGAGGACAUGAAUGAAAGAGUUUUGGAGGCAAUGACAGAGAGAGCUGAAAUGGAUGAGGUGGAACGUUUCCAGCCACUACUGGAUGGAUUAAAAAGUGGCACCUCUAUUGCACUCAAGGUGGGAUGCCUACAACUGAUCAAUGCUCUCAUCACUCCAGCUGAAGAACUUGACUUCCGAAUUCACAUCCGAAGUGAACUGAUGCGCUUGGGACUGCAUCAAGUGUUGCAGGAGCUUCGAGAGAUUGACAAUGAUGAUAUGAGAGUGCAACUAACUGUAUUUGAUGAACAAGGGGAUGAGGAUAUCUUUGAUUUGAAAGGACGGCUGGAUGACAUUCGCAUGGAGAUGGAUGACUUUGGUGAAGUCUUCCAGAUUCUUUUAAACACAGUGAAAGAUUCAAAGGCAGAGCCACAUUUCCUGUCCAUCCUGCAACAUCUGCUGUUGGUCCGAAAUGACUAUGAGGCUAGGCCACAGUACUAUAAAUUGAUUGAAGAAUGUAUUUCUCAAAUAGUUCUACACAGGAAUGGUACUGAUCCUGACUUCAAGUGCCGGCAUCUCCAGAUUGAUAUUGAGGGACUGAUUGAUCAAAUGAUUGAUAAAACAAAAGUGGAAAAAUCAGAGGCCAAAGCUACAGAACUGGAGAAAAAGCUGGACUCAGAGCUAACAGCCCGUCAUGAGUUACAAGUAGAAAUGAAAAAGAUAGAAAAUGACUUUGAGCAGAAGCUUCAGGAUCUUCAAGGAGAAAAGGAGGCACUGAAUUCUGAGAAGCAGCAGAUUGCUACAGAAAAACAAGACCUAGAAGCUGAGGUGUCCAAGCUGACAGGAGAGGUUGCCAAGCUGUCAAAAGAGCUAGAAGAUGCUAAGAAAGAAAUGGCUUCUCUAGCCGCUGAGGCUGUUGCUCCUUCUGUUCCUAGUAGUGCUGCUGUUCCCCCUGCCCCUCCUGGACACUCUGGCACUGCUAUUCCACCUCCACCUCCACCACCCCCACCCCCACCUCCUCUUCCUGGAGUUAGUACCACUUUCCCACCCCCUCCCCCUCCUUUGCCUGGAAGUGUUGGCCUUCCUAUAUCCUCUUCUUCACCUGCAGGCACUAGCAUCCCUCCACCUCCUCCUUUGCCUGGGAGUGCCAAUAUCCCCCCACCCCCUCCUUUGCCCGGGGUUGCUAGCAUCCUUCUUCCCCCUCCAUUGCCUGAAGAUACUGCUAUUCCCCCACCUCCUCCUUUGCCUGGAGGUGCUAGUAUCCCCCCAGCACCUCCUUUGCUUGGGAGUGCUUGCAUCCCCCCACCGCCUCCCUUGCCUGGAGGAUCAGGACUGCCUCCUCCUCCUCCCCCUCUUCCUGGUGGUUCUGGAAUCCCUCCACCACCUCCAUUUCCCGGAGGCCCUGGCAUUCCCCCACCUCCACCUGGAAUGGGUGUGCCUCCACCUCCCCCCUUUGGAUUUGGAAUUCCUGCAGCCCCAGUUCUGCCAUUUGGAUUAACCCCCAAAAAAGUUUAUAAGCCAGAGGUGCAGCUGCGGAGACCAAACUGGUCUAAGUUUGUUGCUGAAGACCUUUCCCAGGACUGCUUCUGGACAAAGGUGAAGGAAGACCGCUUUGAGAACAGUGAACUUUUUGCCAAACUUACCCUUACCUUCUCUGCUCAGACCAAGACUUCCAAAGCCAAGAAGGAUCAAGAAGGUGGAGAAGAAAAAUCUGUGCAAAAGAAAAAAGUAAAAGAGCUAAAAGUGUUGGAUUCAAAGACAGCACAAAACCUCUCAAUCUUUUUGGGUUCCUUCCGCAUGCCCUACCAGGAGAUUAAGAAUGUCAUCCUGGAGGUGAAUGAGGCUGUUUUGACUGAGUCUAUGAUCCAGAACCUCAUUAAACAGAUGCCAGAGCCAGAGCAGUUAAAAAUGCUUUCUGAACUGAAGGAUGAGUAUGAUGAUCUGGCUGAGUCAGAACAGUUCGGCGUGGUGAUGGGCACAGUGCCCCGCCUACGGCCUCGCCUCAAUGCUAUCCUCUUCAAGCUACAAUUUGGUGAGCAAGUGGAGAAUAUCAAGCCAGAGAUUGUGUCUGUCACAGCAGCAUGUGAGGAGUUACGCAAGAGUGAGAGCUUCUCCAGCCUCCUGGAGAUUACGCUGCUUGUUGGAAACUAUAUGAAUGCGGGUUCCAGGAAUGCUGGUGCUUUUGGCUUCAAUAUCAGCUUCCUCUGUAAGCUUCGAGACACCAAGUCUACAGAUCAGAAGAUGACAUUGUUGCACUUCUUGGCUGAGUUAUGUGAGAAUGACUAUCCUGAUGUCCUCAAGUUUCCUGAUGAGCUUGCCCAUGUGGAGAAAGCCAGCCGAGUUUCUGCUGAAAACUUGCAGAAGAACUUAGAUCAGAUGAAGAAACAGAUUGCUGAUGUGGAACGUGAUAUUCAGAAUUUCCCAGCUGCCACUGAUGAAAAGGACAAGUUUGUGGAGAAAAUGACCAUCUUUAUGAAGGAUGCACAGGAACAAUAUAACAAACUGCGAAUGAUGCACUCUAACAUGGAGACUCUGUAUAAGGAGCUAGGUGACUACUUCGUCUUUGACCCCAAGAAGUUGUCUGUGGAAGAAUUCUUUAUGGAUCUGCACAACUUUAGGAAUAUGUUCUUGCAAGCAGUCAAGGAGAACCAGAAACGCCGGGAAACAGAAGAAAAGAUGCGGCGAGCAAAACUAGCCAAGGAGAAGGCAGAAAAAGAGCGGCUGGAGAAACAGCAGAAGAGAGAGCAACUCAUAGACAUGAAUGCAGAGGGUGAUGAGACAGGUGUGAUGGAUAGUCUUCUAGAAGCUCUGCAAUCAGGGGCAGCAUUCCGAAGGAAGAGAGGACCCCGUCAGGUCAACAGGAAGGCCGGGUGUGCAGUCACAUCUCUGCUAGCUUCAGAGCUGACCAAGGAUGAUGCCAUGGCUGCUGGUCCUGCUAAAGUGUCCAAGAAAAGUGAAGGAGUACCCACAAUCCUUGAAGAAGCCAAGGAGCUGGUUGGCCGGGCAAGCUAAGCUGGGAUCCUUGGCCAUGGCAGCUCCUAAAUGGAGCCCAGACUGUCCCACCUGUGGCAUGUGCCUAAGGGGUCAAGGGGCUGUCCCUCUGCAGUGGCCACUCCAUCACCUGACCCUGUCUUUCUGUCUGGCCUGCUGCUCUCUAAACAUCAUAUCCAGCUUCAGCUGCCUGGAGGCCAAAAGGAAAGAACAGUAUGGGGGUGGCUUGAGCCUAGCCCAGCCAGCCCUGGCUGUUGUAUUACCAAAGCAGGGUCCAUGUUUGCUGCCUUAACCCUGUCUCCUCUCUGUUACCCAGGGGGCCUGGUCUCAGACAAGACCCAGCCUGCUUUGUCAGCCCAUUUUCUAGUGGGCCUUCCCCUAGGUCAAUCUUGAUGAAUUUGUGCUUUUCUUUUGUGGUUUCUCUGGCCCUGAGAAUAGCAUGGGACUUGUGAACCUUUGGGCUAGAUCCUUCCUUACACUGCUGUCACCUCUGCUCUUCUUCCUCCUGGCUGUUGUUAUUUAUUAUUAGUGCUGUGGCAUCGGGAGCUGCUUCUGUGGAAUCAGGAAGCAAAUCCCACCCUUUCCCUACCUUCCUGGGAAAGGUCUCCCAGGCAAAGGGUCUUGACCACUCUUAUUUGUUCCACUGUGGCCCAGGCCUGAGCUGGAGGCAGGUACCUAGGGCGUAGUGACAGUGUGGGGCCUGCCCACUGCCAGGCUUUGUGCCCUUGCCUCGCUGGACCCUCUGUACCAGCCCCUUGGCCAUUGAGCCCCUCCUCAUGCCUUCCCCAGAGAUUUGAUGCAUCUCAUUUGGAGUGUGGGCUGUAGUGUGACCAUCCUAACACCUCACCCUUUGUCUCCAAGGAAAUGGGAGGUGGAGCCUCCUGGCUAAGAAAUUGUUUUGCAAAUGGAUCUAUUUUUAUAUGAAAAAAA